GGCAGCAGAAGCAGGGGGCGGGGCCAGGGAAAGGCUGCUCUCGCCUUGAUUGACAGGCCCCGCAACCCACCACGAGGUCGGAGUAGCGGGGGAUCCGCCGUCGGGCGCCCCAGGGUAGCGCUGAAGCGCCUAUCAGCUGCUCCGGGAGGUUGUGAGUGACGAGUGGGUGGUGAGCGGAGUUUGGGCGUGUGCUGCUCGCUGGCUGGCUGGCUGGCUGGCUGGCUGGCUGGGACUCGCCUGGUGCACCCGCAGACAUUGUCCAAGCCUUCGCCGUCGCAACAGCAGCAGCCCCUGAGCGAGCGGGUGGUCUGGUGCCAAUGCGGGGAGGGCGCUGCAAGCAGGGGGCUCCUCCGCCGCCCAGGUGGAAAGUUCACCAUUGCGACGAGCCAACAGAUCAUUGACUAAAUCCAACGAGCCUCCCGUAGGCUAAGGGACUCAGGAUCUGUUCUGGGGGAUUUCCUCCCAUGCAAACUUUGCAUCCCCCUCCCUACGCUUCCUUUAGAAAGCCCCCGAAAAAGUGCAGCAUUACUCUUCUGCCUUGUAAGGAAAACAUCCUGGUGGGUCGUUGUUGCUGGUAGUUCUGAAGGUAGGAGAAGACAGUCUGGUGGCAAAGGCAGACCGGAACGUUGCUCGUUCGAAAUCCCAAGUCACUGUGUUGAAAGGGGUCCUUGAGCUGGGUUGGCCAGAAGAUGACGGAGUACAAACUGGUGGUGGUUGGAGCUGGUGGCGUUGGAAAAAGUGCUUUGACUAUUCAGCUAAUCCAGAACCAUUUUGUUGAUGAAUAUGAUCCUACAAUAGAGGAUUCUUACAGAAAACAAGUAGUCAUUGAUGGAGAGACCUGUUUGUUGGACAUCUUGGACACAGCAGGCCAAGAGGAGUACAGUGCCAUGCGAGACCAGUACAUGCGAACAGGAGAAGGCUUUCUUUGUGUCUUUGCCAUUAACAACACAAAGUCCUUUGAAGACAUUCAUCAGUACAGGGAGCAAAUCAAGAGAGUAAAAGACUCUGAUGAUGUCCCCAUGGUGCUGGUGGGGAACAAGUGUGACCUUCCUGCCCGAACUGUGGAAACACGGCAAGCCCAAGAGCUGGCCCGGAGCUAUGGAAUUCCCUACAUAGAGACCUCAGCCAAAACUAGACAGGGAGUUGAAGAUGCCUUCUAUACUUUAGUGCGAGAGAUCCGGCAGCACAAACUACGCAAGUUGAAUCCUCCAGAUGAAAGUGGCCCAGGCUGCAUGAAUUGUAAAUGUGUGAUAUCAUGACCAAGCUAACCAGAAUGUGACUCUGGAGGGGUUUCCACUAUGCGUAGUAUGAAAAUGGAGGUGAUGACAAGGAAGAAUCAAAUGGAUUCGAGGAAAGGGGACCGGUGAAAAUGGUGUCUUCAGAUCCUAAGAGCUCCACACAGACUGUCUCAAAACUUUUCCAAAGGCCUGCAAUGAACAAUUUUAAAACACACACACACAAGCCAACCCUCCCCUCCUCAUCUUGCCUCCUUCCCUUCUGGCAACUUGUACAAAGUUUACAGACUGAAUAAUGGUAAAUUAUUACACAAUGGUCUUGACACUGGCCUCCGCACCUGUCUCUGUCCCAGCAGAUUUGGCUGCCUUUGCCUGUCCUUUGAGAGUAGGCGUUGGCAGAGGGGAGGAAUGGGCCUCGCAGAGCAGGGAGGUGAGUUGUUCCUUCAAUCUGUUGGCACUAAUAAUGGCAGAUGGCAGUGACUGGCUGGGUUUGGUGAAGAAUCCUUUUAGAAAGGGGAAAAAUCCGUCAUUUCUGGUUUGAGUGGCUCCAUGAUUGCAGCUGGGGAUUGAUACCCUUGUAGCUCAAGGCAAAGGGCUGGUUAUUGUGUGCAAAACAACAAGCCUUUUCCGAAAGGUUCUGCUGGGAUGUUCCACCUGGCCACCCUCUACUGGAGGGGAAAGCUGCAUGUUUCCAUGUGCUCUCAACCAUUUUCUGCGGCUGUGAGGGGGACACAAAGAUACCGCUUUAUAAAACAGUUUCCAUGCUAAUCUCAAAUUUCUAAUCUCAGAAGACCAUUCACUUCUCCCCCAUUAGUUUGCUCUUCAGUAAUCAUGGCAGAGUAUUACCUUUCUGUUCUUGACCCCUUCCAAAGAGUAGCCCUCCUGUCUGGUGCAAAUUCCCUGCAGGCCUGGAUUAUGUCCUCAAGAGUUAGGGGGGCGGGGGAGAGAUGACGUUUCUUGGUUCAUCUGUUUUUUUUUUCCUUUUGUGGUGCUGGGCAGACUUGUGUGUAUGUGUAAAUAUAUAAAUUACUAUACAGCAACACUGAUGCAGACCGAAGGACAAUUCAUUCUAAAACUUUUGUGUUCCACUGAGCCCAACUUCUUAUUCUGUUAAUUGCCCGGUGUGUGUGUGUGUGUAUGAGUAUGAACAUAUGGGGGAUCCAACCUCUCAUUGUACCUUUUUUGGGUAUGAGGAGCAGUGCUAUCUUUUUGCCCAAACCAUUGUGUCUUAUGGGUGGGGGAGGGGGAGAAGGCAGUGGGGUAUCUAGUAGGUAAGAAAUUGUCACUUGUUGGCUCUCCUGUUUGUUGUAUGCUUGGCCUUUUCUGAGCAGAGUUUUUAAUGCUUGUUGCCUGUGCCGGGGCUGACUUUGUCAAUGUGCUUGUGCAAAACGUGCGUACUUCCUGGAGGGGGAAUGGGGCCCUGGAGCACCAUGUUCUGGUUCCUUGCUCUGCUCCUCCUCCGUUUCUUUUGCAGCCGCUGUGCCUACGCUACUGCAUGCACAGCUCAGAUUGUUCUUCAGGUGGCAGCUCUUCUGUGUUACUGUGAUCAUGAUCAUGCCAAUUAUCCUUGCUGUAAUUAAACGGUUUUUCCCAGUAAGAUAGCAUAACCAGGUGCUCAGCAGUGUCUGAGUUGAAAGUAAACCAGUCCACUAAUUAGAUAACAGGUCUGACUUAAAUUAUCUGGGCAAAGGGGAGUUGCUCCAUUGUUGGGGGUGUAAAGAGAAUCCAAACCCAGCCUUAAGUGUCAUUAAAAUAUUUUGUUCUCAAA